GGUCUCUCUGUGGAGUCCAACCAGAGACUCUUAGGAGGCCUCCUGGGUCAGACAGAGAAGAAUCCAGGAACCAUCCUGAGCGCCAUCAACAACCUGAAACUUUUAGAAGGCCUGCUGAGAGAGAAAAAGAAAAAUCCAAAAAAGAUCCAGAGAGCCAUCAACAACCUGAAGAAGAUCAACAGUGAAGGAGUCUCUCCUGACAGAAGCAUCAACAUCUAUCACUGUCUGAUGGAGAUGAAGGAUCUCUCAGUUCAUCAGGAGAUCCAAGAGUUCCUGAACUCAGAGAACAAAUCAGAGAAGGAACUCUCAGAGAUCCACUGCUCAGCUCUGGCCUACACUCUGCAGAUGUCAGAGGAGGUUCUGGAUCAGCUGGACCUGGACCAGUACAAGACAUCACCUGAGGGUAGACGGAGACUGAUCCCAGCUGUGAGGAACUGCAGAAAGUUCAGAAUUCCAGAACGAUGUGGACUCUCAGAGACUCACUAUGAAAUUGUGGCCUCAGCUCUGAAGUCCAACCCGUCCCACCUGACAGAACUGGACCUGGAGGAAAAUGGCAUCCAGGAUUCAUCCGUGAAGGUUCUGUGUUCUGGACUGGAGAGUCCAAACUGCAGACUGCAGACUCUGAGGUCAGAACAUUGAAGCUGCUGGUUGGUUCAUUUCUACAUUUGUAGUUCUUCACUGAAGCUGAAAGGUUUGGAUUCAAAGAGUUUCUGGAUUUUCCAGAACUUGAAUCAUUUGGUUUUUUUCAUUGUCAUUCAGCCGUUUCUCUAUUUCCGACCUGUUCUUGCUGUGAAAGGGUUUUUUUCUUUGUCCAGUGAGACUUGAUGAAUUUAGAAAAGAAGACAUUGAAUUUCUGUGGUUUUCAGGGCUGCCACGAUUAGUCGAUUAGUCACGACUACGUCAACGCAUCGAUUUGAGUUUGUUUUCUCUUGUUGAUCUCAAACUACAUUGUGUGCUUUCUAAUGCCGGGUCUGCUUUUCUCUGUGACACACGUGCACAGUAGUGCUAUUCAGUAGUGAUGUCACAGGAAGGUCUAGGAAGGUUCCAGGUAUUAGAAUAACACGCUAACAGAGCUUGAAUAUGUGGAAACUUCAGAAAAAUCACAGGAAAAAGUGUCCAAUGUCAUUUCUACAAGACAGAACUUGUGUUCCACAGCAGCUCUACGGUGAAACAUGAACACAUGAAGAGGAAACGUGACGGAGGAGG